AAUAUACAAUAUGCAUGAAAGUAUAGAUGACAUAUGUAAAGCUAUUGAUGAAAAUUUAUUGCGUAAUUUAGAGUUAAUAGAAGAAAAAAUUAAUAUCAAUGUCCAAAUGGAAAAAAUAUUGCGUGAUGGUUAUAUUGAAUUAGCUAAAGCCAAAUACAUACGUGGUAAAGAAAGUAUAAGUGCUUUACAGAUUCCAGUUGAUGAUGACAGAGUAGUUACAUUAUUUGAAUUAGAAACAAAAUUAACUGAGGAAACUGGAAAAAUAAUUCCAAAUUUUGACAUAAGUUUAAAAAAGUUAGAUAAAAUUGAAAAUGAGAUUCAAGAUCCUAUAAAAUGGUUUGGAGUAUUGGUCCCACAGAGUUUACGAAUUGCACAAAAACGUUUUCAAGAAUCUCUUUAUCUUAUUGUAAGAGCAGCAAAUAUACAAGCAGAAAUUACUUCUGUAGUAGACAAAUUACAAUCUUUAUACUUUUUAAAACAUACUUCUUGUUCAACAAAUGUCAGUAAAAAAUAAAAAUUAUACAAAUUUUA